ACACACACGCACUCGCAUUAGCAAUCGAAUAUCUAAUCGGUGCACACGCUUCGGUACAUUCUUCACAUACCAGCUUACAUUCAUCAUGGCUCCAACAGGUCAAGUUGCCAAGAAAGGUUCCAAGAAAGCAGUCAAGGCCCCCCGGCCCAGCGGUGGCAAGAAGAGGCACAGGAAAAGGAAGGAGAGCUACGGAAUCUACAUCUACAAAGUCCUUAAGCAGGUUCACCCUGAUACCGGAAUUUCUAGCCGGGCCAUGACGAUCAUGAACAGCUUCGUCAACGACAUCUUCGAGCGAAUUGCCGGCGAAUCUUCUCGGCUGGCCCAGUACAACAAGAAAUCUACCAUCAGCAGUCGUGAGAUACAGACCGCCGUGCGCCUUCUUCUUCCAGGGGAGCUUGCUAAGCACGCCGUGAGUGAGGGCACCAAAGCGGUGACGAAGUAUACCACAUCUAAAUAGAGGGAGUUCUACUCUUCAUGAACAAACAACGGCCCUUUUCAGGGCCACACAAAUAUUCAAGAAAGAAUGCAUUAUGUAGUAUGAUAAGUAGUAUGAAGGAAUAAAUGAACGGUCGAAUAAAUUAAACGAAUGAAGAUAAAUAAUAAUAGUUUAAAAAUAUUACAGAUGAAAAUGAAUCUGUUGUGAAAAUCAAGUAACAAGUAUGUGUGUACUGGGAAAGGUGCCGAUGAUAAGGAAUGAUCAUGAAUGAUUAUGCGUUUGAGAAUGCAUGCAUGCAUGCUAUAAAUUCAUACUGAAAAUGAAUACUGAAUGGGGGGGGGUGGUGCAAAGUCGCAAAUACGGGAUGCAAAAGCAAAUCCAAAUUAGCAUAUAAUUUGCGUAUGUUAUUGACAAGACGGGAGGGGGGUCUUGAUUUUUCAUUGACUCAUGAUGUCCCCGUUCCCUAGUUUCUAACAUGUUGUUACCUUCUCCAAAAAAGAGGAUAACAUCCAGAAUCGGUCGCCCCGUGAAUAUAGUUUACUAUUACCGUAGUGUAAUUCGUCACCCCUUUGGUGCCUUCACUCACGCACUGCCGUUGUGCACAGCGCCACCACCAUACCACGCUUCGCGCGUUAUGACAAUAGAGCAACACAACUGACCAAUCACGAGAGCUCUGCGGACGGUGCCGUUGGGUUUGGGAUCUCUCGGAGCUCUUAUAAAUAGCGGUCAUUUUUAAGAGGCAGUCACUCAUCUCGUCUUCUACGUUCGAUUCGCAGACUUACCAUCAGACAAGUAACCUACCAUGGCACGUACCAAGCAGACGGCUCGCAAAUCUACCGGAGGAAAGGCUCCCAGAAAGCAGUUGGCAACCAAGGCGGCCAGGAAGAGUGCCCCAGCCACAG